GAAAUACUGGCUCUCUGGAUUGCCCCGCCAGUUCCGUCCUGGGAUGAUCUUGUAGGAGGAGCCUCGCACACCAUUUAUAUUACCGGUUUCCAUACACAUUGCAUAAUGGAUCACCAGUGCAGCUCAAGUGCAAACCGAUAUGAACUCAGAAUGCGACAGAGUGGCGAGACGGCCAUGUCGCCUAAAAUAUAAUAAAUGACUGUAUCAAGGAAAGCUGUAAAGUGAUCGAAUAUCCGAGAGGAGAUAAGAGCGCCGCACGACUUGUUAAUUCUUCACAGGACACUAUCUCUCCACGCAUAGACUGAAACGGAAUGGAGGUCAUAGGAGUGGUGAGCUGUAUCUUGUUAUUUAUCCUGGUGGAUGUUAUUGUUACCACUGUCCUCUACUUACAUGGUUGCCAGACUGCAAUAUUCACAGAGGAUGUGCAGAACUUUGACAUUCUCCACUCCGUCCUGGACCUCUGGGGGACUAUGCUGGUCAGAGUCUGCCUUCUGCUUGGGGCCUCCAUAGGGGUGUUAUGGAACAGAGUGGACGGCCCAUGCAGGGUCUCUGCCCUGGGGACCCUGACUCUCCUAAUCUGCCUGACCAUCAGCACCUACGCCUUAGCUAAGCUCCUGAUGCUCUCGGAGCAGGGCGAUCUGGCGCACCAACCCUGGUUCCUCAGUCUGUUUUCCUGGACCUGUGUGUCAGUGCUGGGGACCGUGCUCCUCUGGAGGCUCCUGGGAAGGUCUCCAAACACUGUGACUGACGGAGAGGGAGAUGGUGGAGGAAGUGUCUGUGAGGAGACUGAGAGGCUAGUGGAGGCAGCAGGAGAGAAUGGCACUGAGGAGGUGGAAGAGCAGCAGAAGCAUGGGGGGAAGAAGAGGAGUAGGGCGAGCAGGAAAGGAACAGAGGACCAGAAGAACUCAGGGGCCACACUGGGGCGUCUGCUGUCCUACUGCAGUAAAUACGCUGGGCUGCUCUCUGUAGCCUUCUUCUUCCUCCUCAUCUCUGCUGUGUGUGAGGCCUUCAUCCCCUACUACACUGGGCAGGCUAUAGAUGGCAUUGUUAUUCACAAGAGUAUGGAGUACUUCACCAAGCCCCUGAUCACUCUCACAGUGUUGGCCUUAGUCAGCUCUAUAGCUAUUGGAGUACGAGGUGGCCUCUUUAAUCUAACCUUUGCCAGACUGAAUCUUCGCCUGCGGAAUCUUCUCUUCAGAUCUCUGAUGCGUCAGGAGGUGGGCUUCUUUGACUCUAACCACACAGGUGACAUCACCUCUCGCCUGACCUCUGACACUACUCAAGUGAGUGACCUGAUCUCUCAAAACGUCAACAUGUUCCUGAGGAGUAUGGUUAAGGGCAUAGGGUUCUUCAUCUUCAUGUUCGGGAUGUCCUGGAAGCUGACUCUGGUCACCAUCAUGGGUUUCCCCUUCAUCGCAGUCAUCUCCAAUGUGUAUGGGGAGUACUACAAGAGAUUGACCAAAGAGGUCCAGACUGCCCUGGCUCAGGCUAACCAGGUGGCCGAGGAAACUGUUUCAUCCAUGAAGACGGUACGCAGCUUUGCCAAUGAGGAACAGGAGGCUGAUUCCUACUACAGCAGGCUGCAUGUCAUGUUUCAACUGAACAAGAAGCAAGCGUUGGCCUACGCCCUCUACAUGUGGUCCAGUUGUAUCUCAGAACUUGCUCUUCAAGUGGCAAUCCUCUUCUACGGCGGUCACCUGGUCAUUACUGAGCAGAUGAGUGGUGGGACCCUGAUAUCUUUCGUCAUAUAUGAGUUGGAGCUGGGAGAGUGCCUGGAGAGCAUAGCAUCGGUCUACACAGGUCUCAUGCAGGGAGUGGGAGCAGCUGAGAAGGUGUUUGAGUAUAUCGACAGGGAGCCCAAACACCAACAUGAUGGGAAAGAGGUCCCCGACACCUGCAAAGGACUGGUCGAGUUUAAAGAUGUUACGUUUUCCUACCCAACACGGCCCAAAACAGACAUUCUAAAGAGUGUAUCCUUCACGUUGCGGCCUGGAGAGGUGACAGCCUUGGUAGGACCAUCUGGCAGUGGAAAGAGCUCUUGUGUGGGUCUCUUAGAGAACUUCUACGCCCCACAACAAGGCCAGGUGCUUCUGGACGGCCGGCCGGUGCACACCUACCAGCAUGGCUUCCUCCACUCGCGGGUAGCACUAGUGGGCCAGGAGCCUGUCCUGUUCGCCCGUUCUGUAGAGCAGAACAUAACCUAUGGACUGACUGACAUCCCUAUGGAGGCUGUGGUGCAGGCUGCCACCGAGGCAAAUGCACACGACUUCAUCACCGGUCUAACCAACGGCUAUAACACAGGAGUGGGUGAGAAGGGCACCCAGUUGUCUGGGGGGCAGAAGCAGCGGGUGGCCAUCGCACGGGCACUCAUCCGCAACCCACAUGUUCUCAUCCUGGACGAGGCCACCAGUGCACUGGAUGCAGAGAGCGAACAUGUUGUUCAGCAGGCUCUGAACAACAUCAUGCGUCAGCACACAGUGCUGGUGAUCGCCCACCGCCUCAGCACAGUGGAGAGGGCAGACAACAUCAUAGUCAUCAACCGUGGCUGUGUGGUGGAGCAGGGACCACACAGCCAACUGAUGGCCAAGGGGGGGCUCUACUGCAAGCUGGUACAGAGGCAGGUCCUGGGAAUCGAGACGGGUGCAGAGGUUCUUAACCCUCCAGAGGUGGACAUCUGAGGGUGGUAGUCAGCAGAGGCAGUGCGGACAUGAUAGCAGCAGUGCCAGCGAGUCAGAAUAUGAACACCAUGCUACUGAGAGAGGUUCUAGGGCUUUAUUGGUAGCCAACACUGACUGACUGGCACUUUUGGGCAUUAAUUGACUGAGCAGUGCCUCGAAACCAAGGCAUUACAUUACCCUUGAUGUUUUAUUUGCACAUUAGGUUGAAUAGAUUCAACUCAAGUCUAUUUUACAGUGUUCAAAACCUUGAAUAAUUGUUAUUGAAUAAUCAAUAAGAGUAUACAUUUUGUUUGUCAUUUGACCAGCUCUUCUGGACAUGAAUGAGCAACACUCUAAUUACUUAAUCCCAGUGGUGAUAUUACACUGAACAAAAAUAUAAACACAACAUGUAAAGUGUUGGCCCCAUGUUUCAUGAGCUGAAAUAAAUUAUCCAAGACAUUUUCCUAUACACACAAUAAGCAAAUUUAUUUUAAAAUGUGUUUACAUCCCUGUUAGGGAGCAUUUUUCCUUUGCCAAAAUAAUCCAUGCACCUGAUUAAACAGCAUGCUCAUUACACAGGUGCACCUUGUGCUGGGGACAAUAAAAGGCCACAAAUGUGCAGUUUUGUCACACAACCCAAUGCCACAGAUGUCUCAGGUUUUGAUGGAGUGUGCAGGAAUGUCCACCAGAGAAGUUGUCAGAGAAUUGAAUGUUCAUUUCUCAACGAUAAGCCGCCUCCAAUGUCGUUUUGGAGAAUGUGGCAGUACAGCCAAACGGCCUAAACCGCAGACCACGUGUAACCACCCCAGCCCAGGACAUCCACAUCUGGUUUCUUCAUUGGCAGGAUUGUCUGAGACCAGCCAUCCGGACAGCUGAUGAAACUGGGUUUGCACAACCAAAUCAUUUCUGCACAAACUGUCUGUUGUUGUCAUCAUCUUCACCAGGGUCUUGACCUGAUGGCAGUUAGGCAUCGUAAUGGUCUUCAGUGGGCAAAUGCUCACCUUCGAUGGCCACUGGCACGCUGGAGACGUGUUCUCUUCACAGAUGAAUCCAGGUUUCAACUGUACCGGCCAGAUGGCAGACAGCGUGUAUGGUGUCGUGUUGGCGAGCGGUUUGCUGUUGUCAACAUUGUAGUGCCUCAUGGUGGUGGUGGGGUUAUGGUAUGGGCAAGCAUAAGCUAUGGACAACGAACACAAUUGCAUUUUAUCGAUGGCAAUUUGGAUGCACAGAGAUACCGUGAUGAGAACCUGAGGCCCAUUGUUGUGCUAUUCAUCCACGCCAUCACCUCAUGUUUCAGCAUGAUAAUGCACGGCCCCAUGUCACAAGGAUCUGUACACAAUUCCUGGAAGCUGAAAAUGUCUCAGUUCUUCCAUGGCUUGCAUACUCACCAGACAUGUCACCCAUUGAGCUUGUUUGGGAUGCUCUGGAUUGACUUGUACGGCAGCAUGCUCCAGUUCCCGCCAUUAUCCAGCAACUUCACACAGCCAUUAAAGAGGAGUGGGACAACAUUCACCAGGCCACAAUCAACAGCCUUCACUCUAUGUGAAGGAGAUAUGUCGCGCUGCAUGAGGCAAAUGGGGGUCACACCAGAAACGUAUCUGUGAACAACAGAUGCAGAUCUGUCCCAGUCAUGUGAAAUCCGUAGAUUAGGGCCUAAUUAAUUAAUUUCAGUCCAUAGAUUAGGGCCUAAUGAAUAUAUUUGAAUUGAAUGAUUUCCUUAUAUGAUAUGUAACUCUUUGAAAUUGUUGUAUGUUGCAUUUAUAUUUUUGUUCAGUGUAUGAAUAUCGUUAAUAUCAUUGAUUGUAUGAUGUACAAAACAAUAAUAGUAUUGUGAUACUCUAUUUCUAAUUGCAAUAUUAGGUGGAAAUGGUAAAGUUAUCUCUGUGUACAUCUAGGCCUAUCUGUAUCUGGUUAAUUUGUAAACAUAUACUGUAUACAGGACAGAGAGGUGCCUUCACUGGAUGAGAAUGUGCAGACUGUAUAUAUUCUAUGCAAAUCAAUGGGAAGUGCAAUGUCUUGAAACUAUAUGACACUAUCAUUGCUGAAUAGAUUAGAUUUCAUGUGGAUGCUGUCCAAUACUUGAUUUUGCACAAGUAAAAGUGAAUGUACUGAAUUAACAAAGACAUGGCUACAACUAGGCUACUGAAAA